CCUGCAACACAAUGAUGCUCAGGAGUUGCCUGAUAGCGUUGAUGGUGGGCUCUUUGGCGGAGACAAAGAGGCUGGCUCCGACAUCACGUGGCUAUUACACCAGUCCCUAUCUCCAGUACCCUCCCCACCUAGCAGGGCACCGUUACUUGCAUAGACCUCUACACCCUGCUGGACACGUAUACCCUGGUGCUUAUACACACCCUGGUGCACCCAUCCACGGUGUUCGUCCUCUUCCCUACGGUAAGCUGGGCUACCCUGCUGGGUUACCUGGCUAUCUGGACCCCUAUCAUAAUACCCCGGCAUUCUAUGAUUUCGAGCACGCUGUCCAUGACGAUCUCACCGGCACUCACUUCGGUCACUCUGAGGUCCGUGACGGCUACUUGACGGAGGGACAGUACUUCGUGCACCUGCCUGACGGCCGCGUCCAGACGGUCACCUAUUAUGCUGACCAAACUGGGUAUCAUCCCACCAUCAACUACGACAACGAUCCAUACCACAAGGUUGCCCCCGCCGCUGUACAUCCCCCAGCUGCUGUACAUGCACCGGGUACCCCACUGCCUAGGUACCAUGCACCAUAAUUACCCUAGCUUGUCUUCCACUCCUAGAGCUAUCAUGCAGACCUAAACGAUCACUCUACUGGAUAGAGUUGCUAUGCAAAUUGCGCAAGCAGUAAAUAACUAUUUGUUGACUAUUAUAAAUUAAACUUUCUUUAAUCUUGUUGUUUUCUGUGCAUCCUUCUCUCUCACUAAAUAUUUGCAGAUAUUUUAUUUAGCGGAAUAUUACAAAUAUUUUCUACCCACCUGUUUUAUUUCACGUCAGAAGAAGCGGAAUCACUAAAAAUUUCGUAAAUCUUGUUUUAAUUAAUAUUUCCAGGAAUAU